CAACCGGAAAAGAACAAGUGGGCGUUUCAAGCCACGACGUCCUCACGUACAAACGUCAUUACGUUAUAUCAGUACGUCGGCGCGCGGGAGCUUUGACUAUCAAACAGUGGCGUUUGAGGGAAGCAGUCGUCAGGCAGCAGCAGACCAGGGAAGCAAAGUCACAGAUUUCUGACAACCAGACCAGAUACUCAGCCAGGCCAUCGGCUCCCUCUCUGUUGACCAGCUUAGUUUUUCACACUCCCACCAUGGCUAUGAGGAGCGAGGCGAGGGUGGAGACAGAGGUAGAGGAGGAAGAAAGCUUCGGACCACAGCCUCUGAGCAGAAUGGAGCAAUGUGGAGUCAGUGCCAGUGACAUCAAAAAGCUUGGGGAGGCAGGUUUCCACACCAUCGAGGCGGUGGCCUACGCACCCAAGAAGGAGCUGCUCAACAUCAAAGGCAUCAGUGAGGCCAAAGCUGACAAAAUCCUAACUGAAGCUGCCAAACUUGUGCCCAUGGGUUUCACCACCGCUACUGAGUUCCACCAGAGGAGAGCAGAGAUCAUCCAGAUCUCUACAGGCUCCAAGGAGCUUGAUAAACUCUUGCAAGGUGGGAUCGAGACAGGCUCCAUCACAGAGAUGUUCGGAGAGUUUCGGACGGGGAAGACCCAGCUGUGCCACACACUCGCUGUCACCUGUCAGCUGCCCAUUGAUCAGGGGGGUGGAGAAGGUAAAGCCAUGUACAUCGACACAGAGGGAACCUUCAGACCAGAGAGACUCCUCGCUGUAGCUGAGAGGUAUGGGCUAGUAGGAAGUGACGUUCUGGACAACGUGGCCUACGCCCGAGCCUUCAACACAGACCAUCAGACCCAGCUGCUCUACCAAGCCUCCGCCAUGAUGGCUGAGUCCAGGUAUGCUCUGCUGAUAGUGGACAGCGCAACAGCUCUGUACAGAACAGACUACUCAGGCAGAGGUGAGCUGUCGGCCCGACAGGGACACCUGGGUCGCUUCCUCCGCAUGCUGCUCAGGCUGGCAGACGAGUUUGGCGUUGCCGUGGUGAUAUCCAACCAGGUGGUAGCACAGGUGGAUGGGGCAGCCAUGUUUUCUGCAGAUCCCAAGAAACCAAUCGGAGGCAACAUUAUGGCUCACGCCUCCACCACACGCCUGUACCUGAGGAAAGGCAGAGGAGAGACGAGGAUCUGUAAAAUCUACGACUCGCCCUGCCUGCCGGAGUCUGAAGCCAUGUUUGCCAUUAACGCCGAUGGAGUGGGCGAUGCCAAGGACUGAGCUGGCGGAGAGGUGGGAAGCAGCGGGGCUGGUGGCGGCGGCGAAUGUUACUGUCACACCUGCUGACUCAUUCUCGGACUGGAGUGUUGUGUGUGCAGUCUUCAUACAACCCAUACUACAGCCUUCACAGAGAGCCUCAGACUGAUGGGGAAUCAGGAGAUGAAGGUUGUGUGAUUUGGUUUGAUGCUGAUCGAGGCCGAGUGGAUAAGACGGUCCAGGCUGCAGAUCAGUGGUGCAACAGCAAGAUGGAACGUUUACUUUUUCUUUACACACUGAAGCGCAUUUCACUCAACGAGGGGAGAAAAAAAAAGAUGUUUUUCCUGCAAUUAUGACACAGUAUUUCAUCGUUACAAGAUCUGUCAUGCUAUUAUGAGAUACUAGUUACUAUCCCCAUGAUUACACAAUCUCAAUAAUGAGGUCUUUAUCGUGUAAUUACAAUAACUAUUGUCUCAUAAUUACAAAAAAGACACCCUAACAUGACCGAGAUCUCUAUUGACGAGAUACUAAGUCAUAAUUAGAAAUAAGGUCUCCAAUUUUUUAUUUCUUUGUUGAAUGAGGUGCGCCUCUGUAGUUUCAUCUAUGGAGAGGUCAAAAGAAUAAUUUUGUAAAAACUAUUUGAAAUAGUUUGAGAUCUUUUUUUCUUCUGGUAACUUUGUCUACGUGGAGUUUCUGUUGACUUCUGUCCUUUUGUUGGAUGUCUGACUGUUGAAAUAUUAUUUCGCAGCAAAAGCUAUAGUUUUGUAAUUUCUCUUGCCAGCUACACCACUACUGGUAUGUCCCUUCUCUGUUUGUCUUUACCAGAACCUUCUGUAUAUAAGCUUAUAAAUAGCUAAAUUAAAUAACUUUUACCAUUAA